CUUUCACAUAAGUUUUUGAAUUAUAGAAUCAACGCCCUUUCAUCCUUCUUUGAAUUGUCUAUCUCAAAAUGGAUAAAAAGAAGAAAGUCGUGUAUCAACUGGACACUCCAUACUCAGCAGUCUCCUGGCCGAGUAUAACUCUCGAAGAUCAAGAGACAAUCCUGGAAAUUCUAUGCACUCUACUUGGGCCUUUGGGACAGCAUCGAGCGAGAUAUGUUCAGCCGUCUAGAGGUCAACGUGAUAAAAAGCGGAAGCGCAAAGCGUCAAAGAAAGACUCUAAGGAACUUGUCCCCCCUACUCCUGAACUCAGAUUGUACGUUGAUGUUGGUCUGACCACUGUAACGCGGCAUCUGCAGGAGAUGGCGUCUAAGGCACACAGCGUGAAUUCCAGCUUAGAAGACAAGCUCGCCAGUCAAGAAGUAUCACGCCCCUUCUAUUCAGUCGUCUUUGUAGCCCGAUCCGGGCAACAAAAUAUUCUCAAUGGGCAUUUUCCUCAGAUGGUAGCUGUUGCGUCAAAGUCGCAUCCUGACCAAGCGCCCAUUAGGCUAGUAGGGUUAUCAAAGCCUUGCGAAGAUCGCUUAUCUGAGUCUCUCUGCAUACCUCGCGUCUCCUGCAUUGGGCUCUAUGAAGGAGCCCCGAAUUCCAAGGCAUUAGUCGAGCUUGCUCGACAGCGUGUUCCGCCCGUUGAAUUACAGUGGUUGCAAGAAGCAAGGCAAGCAGAAUAUCAGAGGACGAACAUUAACACGAUCGAGACAUUCAUAGGUAGCAAAAAGCAGAAUAACAAUAAGCAGCCCAAGCCUUAAUUGUAUCCUAUUUCAGGUUUCCCAUCCAGAUGGAUAAUCUAUGUUGAUCAGAAGUCCUUUCUAUCCUGUUUGAUA